UGGCAGGAUAUCUGGGGGUGGAGGGGGGCCUCGAGUUAGGUAAAGUAAGUAAACAGGGGAUUCUUUUGGAUCUUACCUCUAUGUCCCCCUUGCAGAGACAGGUCCUUUGGACCUUUGGAAGAUGCAGAAACUACUCAGGCACUUCAGUCAAGACCAAAGUAUGUCACUAGGUUUUCCUGGCAAGUACAUCGCGUCAACACAACGACCUGAUGGGACCUGGCGCAAGCAGCGGAGGGUGAAAGAAGGCUAUGUGCCCCAGGAGGAGGUCCCAGUGUAUGAAAAUAAGUAUGUGAAGUUUUUCAAGAGUAAACCAGAGCUGCCUCCAGGGCUGAGCCCUGAAGCCACCGCCCCUGUUACCCCAUCUAGACCAGAAGGUGGUGAACCAGGCCUCUCCAAGACCGCCAAACGCAACCUGAAACGAAAGGAGAAGAGGCGGCAACAGCAAGAGAAAGGAGAGGCAGAGGCCUUGAGCCGGACUCUUGAGAAGGUGUCUUUAGGAGAGACAGUCCAACUCCCCAGUGCUCUGCAAAUCACCCAGGCAGCCCCUACAGCUGCCUGUGAUCCACCUGACUCAGCGGCCACCACAGAGAAAGCCAAGAAGAUAAAGAGCCUAAAGAAGAAGCUUCGUCAGGUGGAGGAGCUACAGCAGCGGAUCCAGGCUGGGGAAGUCAGCCAGCCCAGCAAAGAGCAGCUGGAGAAGCUAGCAAGGAGGAGGGCGCUGGAGGAAGAGCUGGAGGACUUGGAGCUAGGCCUGUGAAGCCUGUGGGAAUAGGAAGUAGACUGCAGAACAAACCGUGGGGCUAUCUGGGACCCGGGGAGCGUGGGCAGAUGCAGUCAAGUGGGGUAUGCCUCAGAUUGGCUCCUUCCCACUUCUUGCCGCCCAGCUCUGUCCUCCAAAACCUAGCCUCUCCUUCAUUCAUUCCUUCCCUUUUCUCCCCAGUUCCUAUUUUUUGGACAUUUCCCCUCCAAUUCUUAGUGUUCAAAAUCUCAGUGACUACCCCAGGUACCUCUGCUGCUGAUUUGGGUGUCUUUGUUUAAAAGAAAAUCGGGUGGGUGGGAAUGGAAUCUCUUGAGAACUGAGGCUAGGGUUUAGAGAAUGCACCCAAGUUCUGGAGUCUUGGUUCCUGUUUACAGUGUUGAUGACAUUUUUCCCUGGCCAUCCUAACCUUUUUUUUUUUUUUUUUCUAAGAGUACAAUAAUAAACUCAAGUAGACAACA